CAAUCACAACGUCCCCGUGCAUACAGGCCUCCCGUCUUCUCGCAGAACCAUAUGCAAGGGACGGCUAUCAUGAAGACGAGUAGCGUGGUUUUGUCUGUCGAUCAAGGUAUCUAAGUAAUCUGCCUGCAUGAAGACCGGUGUUCGACAACUGUACGUUACGCAGACUAUCUGGGGCGCUCGCUCUCUGUCGGUGUGGGCAAGGGUUAGUUACUACAUCUGCUAGCGAGCGAGGGCCCCAGAAAAGGUGUGAUUACUACGUUGUUCGUUCUGAGAUUAUACGGUUGAACUUGAUCUGGAUAAUUCCAGCGAAAGGACUCAUGCGCGCUUCUCGCUAUUAUCAAUCCCGCUUCUUUGGACAGGUUUGUACUGACCAACCGCAACAGCAUGUCUUCCGAACAACCAGUCGCCGCCAUGAGGCGUUCCUCUGAAAAGGACAUCGCCAACGUCCAGUCGGGUUAUGAUACCUCUCGUCCUAUGGACAAUGGCGAAGAAAAUAUCAAUCGGAUGGCGCGUGCGCCGACGCGCUUGACCUCCUAUAUCAAGAGAUUCGAGCAGCAAUUGGUCGAGUACAACUUCGAGGCUCGCGGUAUCGAACGCGUGCCGGAGAAUGAGCGGAUGACCAAGUUGACCUGGGUUGCGUACCUGCAGUCGUUUUUGCUCUGGGUCUCUAUCAAUCUAGCAGCCAACAAUAUCACUCUCGGUAUGCUGGGCCCUGCUACCUAUGGUCUGAGCUUCCGCGAUACGGCGCUUUGCGCCGUUUUCGGGGCUUUGCUUGGUAGCAUUCCCGCGGCAUGGAUGGCUACUCGAGGUCCAGUAUCUGGUAUUCGGACUAUGGCAUUCGGACGCUACUCUAUGGGCUGGUGGCCUAGCAAGCUGAUCGUCAUCUUGAAUCUGAUUCAAAUGCUUGGUUACUGUCUGAUCGACUCGGUGGUGGGCGGCCAAAUCUUAUCUGCUAUGUCACCGCAUGGAAACAUGUCGGUAGCUGUGGGUAUCGUGAUUAUCGCUAUCAUCACCUGGGUUAUCGCUACGUUUGGCAUUCAAGUCUUUCAUUAUUACGAACGCUUUGCGUUUCUUCCUCAGCUCGUGGUCGUCUCCAUACUGUUUGGCGUCUCCGCAAAACAUUUCGACCUUUCGGCCUCAUCCACCGGGGAUGCUCGCACAAUUGCUGGAAACAGAUUGUCGUUCUUCUCCCUCUGUGUUAGUUCCGCAAUAACUUACACGCCACUUGCAGCGGACUUCUUUGUCUACUACCCUCAGAAUACCUCCAAAUGGGCCCUUUCCUCUCUAUCUCUGGCGGGGCUGAUAUGUUCGUUCACCAUGGCGAUCAUUUGCGGUGCUGGCCUCGGAUCAGGUGUCGCCAACUAUGCGAAAUAUAGCGAAGCAUAUUCCGUCGGUGCGGGAGCACUCAUUGUUGAAGGCUUUAGCCCGCUGGGUGGGUUCGGCAAAUUCUGCUCGGUGGUUGUCGCGCUGGGUUUGAUCGCCAACACCGUGGCUCCUUCCUACUCGGCUGGAGUUGAUUUUCAGAUUCUCGGACGUUAUGCGGAAAAGGUUCCACGAGUGCUCUGGAACACCUUUGGAGCAGUGAUCUUCACUGUAUGCGCCUUGGCCGGCCGGAGCAACCUCUCUGAUAUCUUCACCAACUUCCUGGCUCUAAUGGGCUAUUGGGUGGUCAUGUGGGUGGUCAUCAUUCUAGAAGAACAGCUCAUCUUCCGGUUCCGUAGCGGGUACAAUUGGUACGCUUGGAACGAUCCGUCUAAGCUGCCCGUUGGCAUCGCCGCUUUGAUCGCCUUUCUGGUUGGCUGGGCCGGUGCGAUUCUGUGCAUGGCACAGGUGUGGUAUAUCGGACCCAUCGCGCGCUUGGUGGGCGAGUAUGGUGCUGAUAUGGGCCUCUAUGUCGCGUUCUCUUGGACAGGCCUGGUGUAUCCUCCUCUUCGGUACCUCGAGCGGCGUUACUUCGGCCGGUGAUCUGAUGAAAUACUUUGAACACCGAAUUGUCUUUGCGAGUGCUGAGUUGGAGCUGGGUUGAAGUGUAACUGCUUUGGAUGCGAGUUAGGUUAGUCGAAGGGGUCGUCGUGGUGAUAUAAGACGAGCCAUAAAAGUUAUAUAUUAUUGUAUAAUAUGAUGUUUGUCAUGAUACGCGUGGUAUUGGGGGGGGGGCACGGACUUCAUUGUCGUUAAAGCUAUAACAAAUAGCGUAUAUUGCUCAUUUCGAGGCAUAUAAUAUUGAUUGCCUUUGUCAU